AUGGCAGAGAAAGAUGCAAGAUCGUUCGGCAGCCUCCAGCAUUGUUAUGACCUGUUCAUCUGUAAAGAUGCUCUUCGUGUUGCUGCUAGUCUUGGCACACUGAAGUCCUUCCCCAUUCUCAUCUUGGACGUGCGCGGUGAGAAAUCACCGGUGCGAACCACAACUGAAAACCCCCGAGCUCUGCUCUGGAGGCAGCAGCCUUGCUCAGGUGGUGUCUUUGGGAAUGGGGGCUGGAGAUGGGAGUGUGAAGUGGCUCACUGGGGAUGUGCAGCGCCGCUAACACGGGAGCAAGCUGCCCGUGCUCGCCUGGCUGAGUGCCUGAAAGCUGAUCGUGCAGCGCUGCUAACACGGGAGCAAGCUGCCUGUGCUCGCCUGGCUGAGUGCCUGAAAGCUGAUGUGCUCCUUUCCCUGGGUGCUAGAAAUGGCUCUGCAAAACGAAGGCUGGAGCUAGGAGAAAGUGGCCACCAGUAUCUUGCGGAAGGACUGAAGACUCCAAAAGGGAAAGGAAGAGCUGCAACAAGAAGUCCAGAUAGCCCAAAAACUCCAAAAUCUCCUUCAGAAAAGACUCGGUAUGAUACAUCCCUUGGCCUUCUUACAAAGAAGUUCAUUCAGUUGCUGAGCCAAUCUCCUGAUGGGGUCCUAGAUUUGAACAGAGCAGCAGAGGUCCUCAAGGUGCAAAAAAGGAGGAUUUACGAUAUCACCAAUGUACUGGAAGGCAUCCAUCUCAUUAAGAAAAAAUCCAAAAACAACAUUCAGUGGAUGGGCUGCAGUCUGUCAGAGGACGGCGGGAUGCUAGCACAGCGCCAGGGCCUCACGAAGGAGGUGACUGAACUGACUCAGGAAGAGAAGAAGCUGGAUGAGCUAAUCCAAAGCUGUACCCUGGACCUCAAGCUGCUAACGGAGGACUCAGAGAAUCAGAGAUUAGCUUAUGUGACGUAUCAAGAUAUUCGAAAAAUUAGUGGCCUUAAAGACCAAACUGUUAUAGUUGUGAAAGCUCCUCCAGAAACAAGACUUGAAGUGCCUGACCCAGUGGAGCAGAGUGCAUUGAUACAUUUAUCUAGUACUCAAGGACCUAUUGAAGUUUAUCUGUGCCCAGAAGAAAACGAUGCCCUCAGCCCAAUGAAAACUUACAGUCAGGACCACAACGGGAAUAUUUCCAAAACCAUUUCCAAAGAAGUGGCUUCUGCUAACUCAGGACAAGGUGACUGCUCUGUAAAUAUGGCAACAAUCUCUCCAUUGGCUUCUCCAGCCAACCUUCUACAGCAGACGGAGGACCAAAUUCCCUCAAACUUUGAAGGACCAUUUGUGAAUUUGCUGCCUCCUCUGCUUCAGGAAGAUUAUUUGCUGAGCCUUGGGGAUGAAGAAGGCAUCAGUGACCUCUUUGAUGCUUACGAUUUAGAGAAACUUCCUUCACUGAUGGAUGAAUUUAUAUACAGCUGAUUGUCUUAAGUGCUGUCCAUAUCUAAACUAUGUUUUUAAUGGAAUCAAAAAACCUGCCGUCAUUCAGAGUUGUCCUCCACUUACCAUGAAAUAGCAUUAUUAAAUAGACUAGGCUCCUGAACAGUGCUGAUAUUUUAAAUGAAUACUCCCUAUAAUACCAUAAGAAACAACGGAGGGCUUUUACAGCAGAGCCUUCUCCUUGACCCCGAGCUCCAGUGCCUUGCGAGUCAGCAGGUGCAAGCAGGUGACCGUAGGAGUUUUGUCUCCACACUCCCCCAGUCUCUGCUUUCCAUGACAAGUGGGCUUAUGGAGAAGGGCUUCAUGAACUGGUUUAGUCCUAAAUAACAAUUUUGUAAUAGUAUUUCAGGUCGUGCCUUCUGCAGAGAAUGCAUGUCUUUUGAGUGUCACAACAUGGAUUGUACAUGCAGUGAACGUAAAUAUGAAGUAAUGCAAAAGAGUGGAAUGGGAUUCUUCAGCUACUUGUGGGAAUGUUUAAAUUGCUGUCCUAAUGCUCAUUUUGAGCUGUGUAUAUGUCUCAUUAUGAGGUCAAAUACUUAUGUCCUUAAAAGCUUUUAAUGAAAAGAAAAUACACUGUAAAUGUAGUGUAUAUUGCAGAUAUUGAAAAGUAUAAAGUUCUGCCACUUCUCGUAGUAAUCGCAGAUUUUUAAAAAUGCUUGUGUGUGUGUGCGUGUGUGUGUGAAAGUAGUUUUUGUUGGUUGUUUUUUUUUAAACUAGAACGAAGAUGCACAGUUCAAUUUUACUGCCCCCAGUGUGCAUUAGAACUGGUACAGGAAUUUUUGUGGUACUAAGUGGGGCUUCAUGUUAAGUGCCUACUAGAGAUGCACUGUGGGUUUUUCCCUCUAUGGAAAACACUUAUGCCAAGCUUUGUUUGUUCAAUAUAUCAUAUUUAUCUCAGUGGGUUAGCUUCUUCUGCUUACAGCUUUUUAUAAUUCUCUUCGCCAGCAAAAUGGAACUAAUUUUUUCCAAAGUACAUAACUGUAAGUACCACAUCAACUGAAUUGCAUUUAUUUUUUGAAGAUCUUUGCUAGUAUAGUAUAGUACCAAUAUUUAUUUUUUUGAACGUCAGAGGAAUUCUAAGAAGUCUUAAAUAAUUUUUUUUUUCUUGAGUGUAAAAUAUUUUGCCAUGUUCUGGGCUAAAUUAAUGUAAUGUUGAUUAGAUGAUGCCCAUAUAAUCUUUUUGUUUGCAUUACAGUUGUGCUUAUCUGACAUAACUCAGAAAAUUAGUACUAUUUGUACUGUAGUAGAAUAUUAUGUAUGCAGGUUUUCUGGUACCAUUGAGUUGCUGCUAUGAAAGCUCACACACGAAAAGGCAAGAAGUCACAGUACUAAUGAGGAAACUGUAUGACUGUGUGGGUUUUGGAAUAUAACAAAUGUAUAAAGGGCAACACAUAAAGAACUGUUAAACAGUGUUAAGUGUGUGUUUAUAUGUACAAAUGUUUGCAUAGAUCAUUCAGCAGUUGUAUUUAAUUUGAUAUAUGUUCUCAACUCACACUUUAGUUAUCUAGCAGUUUUGUACAAUAGAAUUAAUUUGUAAACACUGCCAGAAUAUUUUCUAGCUGGUUUGUAAUUUUUUAAGAGUUUUUUUAGAUGUGGAUCUGUAAAUAAAAUUGUAGUAUUUAAAGUUUUCGUCUUGUGGAAGAGGAAAAUAAAAGUUGUGUGAGCAUGAAGAUUUGUAAGACAAAGGGGCACUUUUGUGAGGGAAGAGAAAAUGAAGACUUAACGCAGACCAUCUUCUUUUUGUACAAAUUAAACACUUGUCCCAGUGUGUGUGGGCAAAAUACUAAUCUAAUUUAGCUUUGCAUUGUAUGCUAGUUUAAAAACAAAACAAAACAAACCUCUGUAAAAUACUGUAAAAAAAAAAAAGGAAAAAACCAACAAAAAAGCUUUUAUGGUGAGUUUUGUAAAUAGAUUUAUUAAAGGGUGACAUGUUCUCUAGCUGUGAUC